AUGACCAUGGUGGCCAGUCAAUUGAUACCGAUGCGAUUUAUUGUGAUGAUGGGCCAUCUGGUGCUUAUCAUACUGUUAUUAUGGGAUAGAGAUCAUAGCGUUAGAUCAUGUAUUCACUGGGAAUUUGAAAAAUCUGAAUAUUAUGCCAAAGAUGUCGAAUUAAUUAUUGGUUUAUCCUUAUCACUGAUAUUCAUAGUCAUUGAAUUUUUAGGAUUCCUAUCGGGUUUUUCAAUGUUCAACUCAAUGCACUGUUUGUGUUCACUGUUAGCUCACGCACUGGCCUGUAUGUGUCUAUGCUAUUUCAUCACUGAUGUUUGGGACUGUAGCCUAUUUUGGUGGAUAUUUUCAUUGUUCAGUGUAAUGCCAGCCCUAUCCGAGUUGUAUAUUAUAAUUAGCGCCGUAUUGUUCAAAAGAUUUUAA